GGGCGGAAGAGCUGGCGGCCGCGGGCCCUCUGCACCUCUGCUUUGCCGGGAGGAGGACCGGCCCAAGUCCCCGCUGGUUCACCUCGGGCGCCUGUGUGACUCCGGGCGCGGCUCCCGCCCUCCGUGUGCGAGGACGUGUGGUGGGUGCGACAGGAAAGAAACUCUCUCCGAGCGCCCUCCCUGUGGUGGCUGACACUGCCGCAGGAUGCGUGGGAAUGAGUCACAUUAUUACGGACCUUUGAGCGCGGGAGGCACUUCGAGACGCGAGGUGAACAUUUUUGCGAAAUCAAGGCACGUCAUCGUGCAAGGUAUUUCAACUGUUGAAGACAACUUCAUACCUAUAUAAUGUAACAGAAAAAGGUCAGAAAAUAUUAGGCAGAUAGAAGUGUGGAGCAUUUUAACAAGAUGAACAUCUCUGGAAGCAACUGUGGAAGCCCUAGUUCUGUAGAUGUAUCUAAUGACUUUAAGGAACUUUGGACAAAACUAAAGGAGUAUCAUGAUAAGGAAGUACAAGGUUUACAAGUAAAAGUAACCAAACUGAAAAAGGAACGAAUUUUAGAUGCGCAGAGACUAGAGGAAUUCUUCACCAAAAAUCAACAACUGAGGGAGCAACAGAAAGUCCUCCAUGAAACUAUUAAAGUUUUAGAAGAUCGGCUAAGAGCAGGAUUAUGUGAUCGCUGUGCAGUAACUGAAGAGCAUAUGCGGAAAAAACAGCAAGAGUUUGAAAAUAUCCGGCAGCAGAAUCUUAAACUUAUCACAGAGCUUAUGAAUGAAAAGAAUACUCUCCAGGAAGAAAAUAAAAAGCUUUCUGAACAGCUGCAGCAGAAAAUUGAGAAUGAUCAACAGCACCAACCAGCUGAUCUUGAAUCUGAGGAAAAUGUUAUUCCAGAUUCACCGAUAACAGCCUUUUCAUUUUCUGGCAUUAACCGGCUACGAAGAAAGGAGAACCUCCAUGUCCGGUACAUAGAACAAACACAAGCCAAACUGGAGCAAUCUGUGUGUACAAAUGAACUGGGAAAAGCUCCGAAGCCUUCAACUCAUCCACAGCCUAAACCUAAUGAAAGUGAAAUUCUAGUGGCUGACACUUGUGAUCAGAGUCAAUCCCCCGUGGCUAAAACACAUGGAACAAGCAGUUGUCCUACUGCUAAGUCAUCCUUUAAUUUAGCUACAGUUGUUGCUGAAACACUUGGAUUUAGUGUUCAAGAAGAAUCUGAAUCUCAGGGUCCCGUGAGCCCUCUUGGUGAUGAACUCUAUCACUGUCUAGAAGAUCACAAGAAACAACCUUUUGAGGAAUCUAUAAGAAACAAUGAAGAUAAUUUAAGAUUUUCAGAUUCUAAGUCCAGGACUCCUCCUCAAGAAGAAUUGACUGCUCGGGUAUCAUCUCCUGUAUUUGGAGCUACUUCUAAUGUGAAACGUAGUUUAGGCUUGAAUACGAGUUUAUCCCCUUCUCUCUUAGAGACUGGGAAAAAAAACCUCCUGAAAACAGCACCCUUCAACAACACUUCUACUUCUAGAUCAGAGAAAACCAGAUCAAAAUCUGAAGAUAGUGCCCUUUUCACACAUCAUAAUCUUGGGUCUGAAGUGAACAAGAUUAUUAGCCAGUCAUCUUCAAUUAAGCAGAUGCUUAUCAGUAAAAACAUAAGUGAAUCCAAAAAUGAACAGGAUAGUUUUGAUCACAUUAAAGAUACUGUCAAUGAUAAAGAAAAACAUGCAGUGCCCCUGAAAUCAUUGGGAAGCAGGACAUCCAAAAGGAGGAAAGUUGAAGAAGAAAGUGAAGACGAACUAAGCUGCCCCCAAGGCUCUUUUGAUAAAGAAAAUGCUUUUCCUUUUUUACUGGAUAGUCAUUCUUCCAUGAACGGAGGAGACUAUGUAAUGGAUAAACCUCUAGACCUGUCUGAUCGAUUUUCAGCUAUUCAGCGUCAAGAGAAAAGCCAAGGAAGUGAGACCUCUAAAAUCAGAUUCAGGCAAGUGACUCUCUAUGAGGCCUUGAAGCCCAUUCCAAAGGGCUCUUCCUCAAGCCGUAAGGGCUUGAGUGGGAGCAUUGUGUUUACCAGAGAUUCCCCAGAGGAGCCCUGUUUACAGGAGUGCGUCCUCCAGUCCUUGGAGAAAUCAUAUCCAGAUAAUAAAACACCAUUACAAAUCAAGGAAGAAAAUCCCAUCUUUAAAAUCCCUCUACGUCCACGUGAAAGUUUGGAGACAGAGAAUCUUUCCGAUGAUGUGAAGGGAGCUGAUUCUCACGAGCCAACAAAAAUAGCCAGGUCGGUCCGUGGAGCAUGUGAACUUACAUCCGUUCUUCAGUUAAAUCCAUGUAGAGUUACUAAAACAAAGUCUGUACAAAACAGUCAAGAUGGAUCCUUUGAAAAUAUCCAGUGGAGCAUAGAUCCAGGAGCAGACCUCUCUCAAUAUAAAAUGGAUACUACUGUAGUAGAUACAAAGGAUGGCAGUCAGUCAAGAUUAGCAGGAGGAGAGACAGUGGACAUGGACUGCACAUUGGUUAGUGAAACUGUGCUUUUAAAAAUGAAGAAGCAAGAGCAGAAGGGAGAGAAAAGUCCAAAUGGAGAAAGAAAAAUGAAUGAUAGCUUGGAAGAUAUGUUUGAUCGGACAACACAUGAAGAAUAUGAAUCCUGUUUGGCAGAUAGCUUCCCCCAGGUGGCAGAUGAAGAAGAGGGAUUGUCAACUACCACAAAGAAACCAAACAUUCAUGAUGAUAAUAAACAAGAUAAAGUCAAGCAGAAAGCAUCUGUGGAGCUAUAUUUUAAGGAUGAUGAAAGAGAGACUAGGUUACAAAAUUUUCCUCAUAUUGAGGUAGUUCGGAAAAAAGAAGAGAGAAGGAAAUUGCUUGGACACACAUGCAAGGAAUGUGAAGUUUAUUAUGCAGAUAUUCCAGCAGAAGAAAGAGAAAAGAAAUUGGCUUCCUGCUCAAGACAUCGAUUCCGCUACAUUCCACCCAACACACCAGAGAAUUUCUGGGAAGUUGGUUUUCCUUCCACGCAGACAUGUAUGGAAAGAGGUUACAUUAAGGAAGAUCUUGAUCCUUGUCCUCGUCCCAAAAGACGGCAGCCUUACAAUGCAAUGUUUUCUCCAAAAGGCAAGGAGCAGAAGACAUAGAUGUUGAAGCAAAAACAGGAUGGAAGACAGUUCAUUUCUUUUUAGUUAUUUAUAGUUACAGUUGGUAUUAAACAUUGAUUUUGUUUGAUCUUCUAUAAACUGACUUAUAAAUCAUUUUUCUAUUGAACGUGUUUUUAAAUGGCAUUUACCCACCACACAACUAUUUAAAAUGUGGAUGUGCUUAUGUUGUAUUGUCUUGCUUUGCACCUUUAAAACAGUAAGGUGCUUUCAUUUGCACUCUAACUUAAGAGUUGUUUAUUUACUUUAUUUGGUAAUACCUUAUUACAAUUUUGAAAAUAUGAUA